AUGGCUUCCAAGAAGAUGUGGGCUGAGCGGAGGGAGCUGCGUAGGGAUCGUCCAUUCUCAACCCGGGAUGAUUCAUCUGUUGCGUCCGGGACAUCUGGGCCGGGGCGUCCAACCACCAGGGGGCGCUUCUCAGAGUCGUGGAAGAGGCUCAGCUCCAGAGGGGGCUCCACCAAGAGGGGGGUGCUCAACUCUCAGCAGCCACCGGCACAGAAAUCGUGGAUAGAAAGAGCAUUCAGCAAGAGAGAAUGUGUUCAUAUCAUAGUGAGCGCCAAAGACCCCCAUAGGUGCUGUUGUGGUCGUCUGAUAGGUCAGCAUGUGGGCUUGCCCCCGGGCAUCUCAUCCAGUCAGAAUGAUAAGGCAGAGCGUUUGGCUAAGAAUGACAGCCUGUCGGAGAAGUGGUCGAUCAGCAAACAUACACAGCUCAGCCCCACUGAUGCCUUCGGCACCAUUGAGUUCCAGGGAGGAGGACACUCCAACAAAGCCAUGUACGUGCGAGUGUCUUAUGACACAAAGCCUGACCUGCUGCUACACCUGAUGACCAAGGAGUGGCAGCUGGAUCUGCCCAAGCUGCUGAUCUCGGUCCACGGGGGCCUGCAGAACUUUGAAUUACAGCCCAAACUCAAACAGGUCUUUGGCAAAGGGCUCAUCAAGGCUGCCAUGACAACAGGAGCCUGGAUCUUCACCGGGGGAGUCAACACAGGAGUGAUUCGCCAUGUUGGUGAUGCAUUGAAAGACCACGCCUCCAAGUCAAGGGGGAAGAUCUGCACCAUCGGCAUUGCUCCGUGGGGCAUCGUAGAAAAUCAGGAGGAUCUUGUUGGCAAAGAUGUGGUGCGUCCAUACCAGACCAUGUCCAACCCCAUGAGCAAGUUGACGGUUCUAAACAGUCUCCACUCCCACUUCAUCCUGGCAGACAAUGGCACCACGGGAAAGUACGGCGCUGAGGUCAAACUGCGACGUCAGCUAGAGAAACACAUCUCGUUGCAAAAGAUCAACACACGUAUUGGUCAGGGUGUGCCAGUGGUGGCCCUGAUCGUAGAAGGAGGCCCUAAUGUGAUCUCCAUUGUGCUGGAGUACCUCAGGGACACACCGCCCGUCCCUGUGGUGGUGUGUGACGGCAGCGGCAGGGCCUCAGACAUCUUGGCCUUCGGACACAAAUACUCUGAGGAGGGAGGCAUAAUUAACGAGUCUCUAAGAGACCAGUUGCUGGUGACGAUCCAGAAGACUUUCACCUACAGCCGCACACAGGCCCAACAUCUGUUCAUCAUUCUCAUGGAGUGCAUGAAGAAGAAGGAGCUGAUAACAGUUUUCCGGAUGGGGUCGGAGGGUCAUCAGGACAUUGACCUUGCCAUCCUCACAGCAUUACUUAAAGGUGCCAACGCUUCAGCUCCUGACCAGCUGAGUUUGGCUCUGGCUUGGAACAGAGUGGACAUCGCCCGCAGUCAGAUCUUCAUCUACGGACAGCAGUGGCCUGUCGGUUCCCUGGAGCAGGCGAUGCUGGAUGCCUUAGUUCUGGACAGAGUGGACUUUGUCAAGCUGCUGAUUGAAAAUGGAGUCAGUAUGCACCGUUUCCUCACGCUUUCCAGACUGGAGGAGCUCUACAACACGAGACAUGGACCGUCCAACACGCUCUACCACCUCGUCAGAGAUGUCAAAAAGGGAAAUCUGCCCCCGGACUACCGCAUCAGCCUCAUCGACAUUGGACUGGUCAUAGAAUACCUCAUGGGCGGGGCAUAUCGGUGUAACUACACCAGGAAGAGAUUCAGAACUCUCUAUCACAACCUCUUUGGACCCAAGAGGCCCAAAGCCCUGAAACUGCUGGGGAUGGAGGACGAUAUGCCAAUCCGCAGAGGCCGCCAGAAGACGACACGCAAGCGAGAGGAGGAAGUAGACAUCGAUUUGGACGACCCCGAAAUCAACCACUUCCCUUUCCCCUUCCAUGAGCUCAUGGUGUGGGCCGUGCUUAUGAAACGUCAGAAGAUGGCGCUGUUCUUUUGGCAGCACGGCGAAGAGGCCAUGGCCAAGGCCUUGGUAGCAUGCAAGCUUUGUAAAGCCAUGGCACACGAAGCCUCCGAGAACGACAUGGUGGAUGACAUCUCCCAGGAACUAAACCACAACUCCAGAGAGUUUGGCCAGCUGGCAGUGGAACUCCUAGAUCAGUCCUAUAAACAGGAUGAGCAGAUGGCCAUGAAGCUGCUGACGUACGAGCUGAAGAACUGGAGCAACGCCACCUGCCUGCAGCUGGCGGUAGCGGCCAAACACAGAGAUUUCAUCGCUCACACCUGCAGUCAGAUGCUUCUGACCGACAUGUGGAUGGGACGUCUGCGGAUGCGCAAGAACUCAGGCCUGAAGGUGAUCUUAGGGCUUCUUCUGCCACCGUCCAUCCUGAGUCUGGAGUUCAAGAACAAGGAUGAGAUGUCCUACAUGCCCCAGGAUCAGGAGGCCUACCUGCAGGAGAAGGAGGAGGAGGAGCCUGAGAAACCAGUCAAGGAGAAGGAGGAGGAAGACAUGGAGUUCACAGUAAGAUCUUACUGUGAGGCGCAGUACAACUCCGUGGCAAUGCUGGGUGCGGUCACCACAGAGACAUCCAGAAAGAAGGAUGUUGAGGAGGUUCAGAAACGCCACCGCCUCAUCCCCUUGGGACGCAAGAUAUAUGAGUUCUACAACGCUCCAAUUGUCAAGUUCUGGUUUCAUACGUUGGCCUACGUGGGCUACCUGAUGUUGUUCAACUACAUUGUCCUGGUAAAGAUGGACCUGUGGCCCUGUCCUCAAGAGUGGAUCGUCAUCGCUUACAUCUUCACCAACGGCAUUGAGAAGAUGAGAGAGAUCCUGAUGUCAGAACCGGGGAAGUUGCUACAGAAGGUGAAGGUCUGGCUUCAGGAGUACUGGAACAUCACAGACCUCAUGGCCAUUCUCAUAUUCUCCAUCGGCAUGGUUCUGCGUCUCCAGGAGCCGCCGCUCAUGAGCUACGGCCGCGUCAUCUAUUGCGUCAACAUCAUAUAUUGGUAUAUCCGGCUGCUGGACAUCUUCGGGGUCAACAAGUACCUGGGUCCCUAUGUGAUGAUGAUUGGCAAGAUGAUGAUCGACAUGAUGUAUUUUGUGAUCAUCAUGUUGGUGGUGCUGAUGAGUUUUGGGGUGGCGCGUCAGGCCAUCCUCAACCCUAAUGAAGACCCGUCCUGGAUGCUAGCUAGGAACAUCUUCUUCAUGCCGUACUGGAUGAUCUACGGAGAGGUGUUUGCCGACCAGAUUGACCAUAUGCAUAGUAGGAAGUUAAAGCACAGGCUGAAUGAAAAACUCUGGCUGGCCGACAAUUACUUACGAACUUACGGAACCUGGCGUACUAGUGGUCCAUCCCACAAUGCCCAGUGCAGUCAAAACCCCACCCCCUGUGGGCAGAACAUCACUACAGAGGAUGGGGGGGUGGUGGCCCUGCCUCCCUGUAAGACCGGUGCAUGGAUCGUCCCAGCCAUCAUGGCCUGCUACCUGCUGGUGGCCAACAUACUGCUCGUCAACCUACUCAUAGCUGUGUUCAACAAUACAUUCUUCGAGGUGAAGUCCAUCUCCAACCAGGUUUGGAAAUUUCAGCGCUACCAGCUCAUUAUGACCUUCCAUGAGCGCCCAGUCCUUCCUCCACCCCUCAUCAUCUUCAGUCACAUAACUAUGGUCCUUAAGCAUCUGUGUUGUCGCUGGCGCAAGCAUGACGACGACGAGAGGGACUAUGGACUGAAACUUUUCAUCACAGAGGAUGAGCUGAAGAAAGUCCACGACUUUGAGGAGCAAUGCAUUGAAGAGUACUUCAGAGAGAAAGAUGACCGAUUCCACUCCUCUAACGACGAGAGGAUCAGAGUCACUUCUGAAAGGGUGGAGAAUAUGGCAAUGCGUCUGGAGGAAGUCAAUGAAAGGGAACACUUCAUGAAGGCCUCGCUGCAGACCGUUGAUAUUCGUCUGGCACAAAUGGAAGAGCUGAUCGGACGAAUUGCUGUAGCACUGGAGCGUGUUACAGGUGUUGAGCGUGGGGAGGUCAACAAAGUACGUUCCCGGACUUCAUCUGACUGCACAGACUCUGCAUAUGUACUCCGCCACGGCGACUGCCAUGAAACAGCAUACAUCCUCCGUCAAAGCAGCUUUAACAGCACAGAAGGGAAUGCUUACCGUCUGCAGGAGGCUCUGGAGGGAGCAGCUGAGGGCUCCAUGUCCCCUCCUUCUCCUACAGGCACGGCUGCACGGACAAGGAGUCACUCGUUUUAUGUCGGCCGUGGUGGUGAACGUUCAAGCGGAGCUGAACGAGCUGAGAGCUUCUUCAAAGAACGCUCGCUCAGUCUCCAUCGAGCCAACAGCUCACAAUCUGUGUCCUCAGGUGCCGCCCCCAAGGAGUCUAAGCCCCUCCCCCUGGCGACGCUGUCGGUCUCCCAGCAACACCGUCCAUCAUCAUGCAUUGAUAUCUAUGUCUCAACUUCUGAGGAGGUAGGGCCUGCGGAAGUCUUCCUGAAUCCUCUCAGAAUGGUCCCACCGCUCCACAGAGACUGCUCGCUGCAGUCAGAUAUCAUGGAGACGGUGCUGCCGGGAGGCCGGGACUUCGGCAGCGCCGCCACCAGCGGAAUGGGCGACAGGCACUCGGAGGGCGGAGUAGGCAGCAGCGGAACAGCUGGAGCCAUGUUUGACGACAGUGCAGCUGCUGAUUUGUCAUUGUGCUCGGCUCACCUCUUACCAGACACCACUUUACCUCCUUGGGACAUGGAACCAUCCCCACCUCCCUCAGCAGGGCUGCUCGAGCGCUCCAAGAGCAGCCGCUACCUCUCUACGACAGGCACAGCAUUCCUGGAUGAGCCCCCUCUGGUAAAGUCACACAGCCUCAUGUUCACGCCAAGAGGCUGCUAUGGUGGACUGGGAGCAGGAGUCCAGGUAAAAGCUGCAGAGUACACCAGCAUCACUGACUGCAUCGAUACACGCUGUGUGUCAGCUCCAUACACGCCCGCAGAACGCUCACACUCCCCCGGAGGAUCCACCUCAUUCCCUUUUGAUAAGCCGUCAGACAUUGCUUCCUCUCAUCCAGAGAGAGAGGCAGAGCUGAGCCACACAGAGUCUGAUCCAGAGGACCCUGAUGACCUGAUUCCAGCCCCUGAUACCCCUCGCCUAGGGGGCCUGGGUGGGCCCAGUGGGGCCCCUCUCUGCUCCCCCUUCUCCAGGCUGGAGCGAGCAAACAGCUGCUCCUCUGACGACUCCCAUCCUUCUCUCACACUGGCCCCUCCGCACCGGAAGAGCCUGUCGGUGAGUGAGAGGAUGGAGAGGGGACCGGGUCUGGGGGCAGACAGGGGGCCUGGGCCAGGGGGCCGGGGUCUGGCAGGAACCAGAAACCCCUUCCUCAGGAGCAAGUCUGGAGCACGGCCUGACACAGCCAAGACUGACAGCCUCUCAAUGAGGAAGCUGGCCACUCCGUCAGCUUUCCGCAGCUUUGAUAGACAAAACUACACGUGA